UGGCACACAUAGAGCAGUAGGUCCGUGCGCGUUUCCAUGAUUUACUUCCCAACAUUUUUUUUUUUUAAAUAGCGCGCAAAAAAAAUUGCAACUUAGCUAGAUAGGAUAACAAUUUGGUAAUAUUCCCCAUGCUAUGUGCUAAUUUUAUGUAUCGACUUUGCGCAUCGCUUAUAUUUUUUUUUAUUAUUCCAAAUGGAAGGAUAAAAAGUUUCACCUUAAAAAGGAUUGCUCCACUUUGUAUGAAAGCCCGCCAUUUGCAAGCACAUCACAAGAAUAUGAAAUUUUUGAUAAACAACCUUUUGAGGAAAAUGCCGAAAAGUGUAGCCAAAGAAACGGCAAAAAAUGUAACUGAAAAUCUCCCCAGUUAUAUAAAAAAAAAAGAUGAAAAUUUUUUAAUAAAUCUGCGUGUUAAGCCUAAUGCAAAGAACACGUCCAUAUAUUUUAACUCAGAUAGGGAAGUGCUGAAUAUUAAUAUUCAAGAGCAGCCAAUAAACAACCAGUCCAAUAUUGCCAUCAUAGGUUACUUCUCUGAUAUCCUGGACUUGAAAAAGAGGGACAUAUCCAUCGUUUCCGGGCUGAAAUCAAGGGACAAAGUUUUAAUGGUUUCAAAUAUCUCCCUGGAUGACUUAAAUAGCAAAAUUGCCGAAAAUGUUGAGUGACAUUCGAAGUCUUUUUUUUUUUUUAACAACUGUGGAGUAAAAUAUCCGCAAAUAUGACGCAUCGCAAUUAUAUUAUGAUACUAUUGUUUUUUUUUAUUAUUUUUUCUUUUUGUCUUUCUUUCUUUUUUUGUGCCGUUAAAAUUUGACUCCUUUACUCACUUUUUUUUAUUUUUGUACAAACAGUUGGGCGUACAUGUUCAAUCGCGUGCAACGAAUUUGUAACACGCAGACGGACGGCAAACACAUCCCCACAUGUGGAAGCCAAAU